AUGCGUUCCAACUCGAUCUUGUCCAAGUGGAUGGUCGCCUGCUUGAACAGAUGCCAGCGCGCUCUUGCCGCUGCUCUCGCCCUUCUCAGCCGGCUCCGAACUGUGUUGGUCGAAGGUGCAAUGAUUGACAACGAAGGAUGCCACAAAGAGCCACCAGAAGCGCAUAGAGGAACUCAGUCAAGAUGGGAUGCUGAAGACCUCGAGGACAAGGUACACAAAGGUCAGAAGCGCUGCAAUGCCCGAGCUUGUCCAAGUAGAACAGAAGCGCAGUGCACAGCAACCAGCAAGCCCGACCUUGUCCAGGUAGAUGAGAAGCACAAUGCACGGCAGCAGCUAGCAAAGCGACCGCGCAACAAGGCUAUUGCAAAGCCCGCGGGUGAACCCGCUAAGGAGGAGGCCAUCUUCCGCGCCAGCUCGGUCUUCCUGAGCCUCUGGCCCCACCGCCGCGAGGACGAUGGUCCAGGGGUUCUGAAGCGCGGCUUGUGGAUCGGGGACUUCGAUGGGCAGCUUCCGCGGAAGGAAGCCUUCUACGAGCACAGCCAGUGUGGUGGAAUCUACUCUCCACAUGUUCAGCUCCUGGACACUGGCGCCGAGGGCUUCUCCCUGGGCCCUCGUGUGGCGGUGCUGACAGCGGCGGCACAAGAUCUGACCCGUGUGAAGCCCUUCUGCAAGGAUUUGCUGCGGCAGAAGUUGCGCAGCAUCCUGCGGAUGGCUGCCGAGCAUGGUGAUGAGGCUCUAGUCCUGGGUGCCUUUGGGUGUGGCUACUUUGGCAAUCCACCGGAGGCUGUCGCCGAGGUGUUCCAGGAACUCUUAAGCUCGGAGUUUCAGGGCGUGUUCCGGCUUUGUGUUUUUGCCCUGCUGCGGGAUCGCAACUAUGCGAGCUUUGUGAGGCACUUUCCAGUGGCCAGUCACGAGGAGCUCCAGCGUUUGCUCGGGGCAGGCGCGGAAGCCGCGGAAGCCUCGAAGGCGGAGGUGACCUUCACCGAAUAUCCCAAGCAAACGCUUGGUGUGCCUUGCGGUGAUGUGAAAAAGGUGCGAGUGACGCUCUUCAUGUUGACAUCCUUGCCGCAAGCAUGGAUCCUGUCCGAUAUUGUCUUCUGCCUGGUCUUCGGGGUGUACAUCACCCUUCACAGUGUCUUCGGCUUUGAGCCCACGACCACCUCAAUGGCCUCCGGACCCGUUCUGGCAACAGUGACCAUGGUCACCGCGGGCAUCAACACGUGGAUCAAUUUCGGCUUCGUGAUGAUCUCCUACUGCACCGCUCCCUACGUGGCCUAUAGCUGGACCACGCACGAGCUGCUGGUUUGCUUGUACGUGCUUUUCUUGGGCAUGUUGCUGGAACAGCGCGCCACCGCCGUCUUCGGCGGUGUCGCCUUUGCAGGGUACAAGGCCUUGAUCUCAGCAGAAGACGCCUCGCGCCCGGCGGAUCUCAUGUCCUCUCGCUACACCGCGGCGCCCUUGCCCUCGCGCCUGACGGGUGCGGGCUCGGACAAUGAGGAUAUGUCCACGCCUCUGCCACGGGAGUUGCAGAGUCCCGCCUUUCUCGAUCGGCUUAUGGGUCGAUUCCGUGGUGAUGCCCGGGGUCCAGUGACGUCCAUCUUCUCUCAGACGGGCGUGACAAGUACCUCAUCACAUCGGGCCAGGUUCAACGCGGACAAGGUGGCGGUGCCCGAGGCGGCGGUACAUGAGGCGCCCUAUUUCCCAGAUAAGGAGAUGACGGACUUCCUGGCGAAAGAUCUGGAAACAGGUGGUCAGCCUAGGUUGUCGAUUCAAACCACCAACGAGAGCCUUGGCUCCUUGCCUUUCCCAGGAUCGCCCACGGGCACCCUGCCCGGCUCGCCGGCCAGUAGUGGCAGUCCAGCAGCAUGGCGCCACCUCCGGGCGGUGAAGCUGGGCGGUUUCCAGAACGAUUGGCUGAACGUUCUCUUCGUGGAGCGUCUGGCGCCGCAGUUCCGAGUGAACCAACGUGAGACCUACUGGCCUGCCUCCGGCGCAUAUUUCAUCUACCGCAGUCUCAGUACCAACACCUGGGGCAUUGCGAAAGCCAAGCGCUUCCAAGCAGUCAAGGAGGCACGAAGCAAUGGUGUGGCGCAUAGUCCAGAGGGGUAUGAACUGUGGCUAGAAGUGAAUGAAGGGCAAGGUGCAACACAAAAGACCAACUGGCGCGAGUGGGAUGCGCAAAAGAACAAGUGGGUGACGCGCCCAGGCUCAGGUGUUCUGAGCCGUGGCAAGGUGCGCCCCAAGGUUCCAUCCGCCAACAGGGCGGAGGUGGAGGUGCAGACAGAGCCGCAGGUGCAGCACCGCGCCGUUCAGACCAUCGCCAGCCAGGCCGGUACCCGUCCGCCCGGGUCCCACCCGGCCUCCCCCACCGCGCGGCCGGCUGCGCCGCCCACCACGUCUGGGGGCAGCGUGGUGUCCAGCGCCGCGGGCGCCGUGGCGCGGGAAAAGUCGCCGGUGCCGAAGUCGGCCAUGUCCAAGGCGAAAGCGAAGCCGCUGGACCCCACAGCCUCCACGGCGACAUCAGCACCGCUGCCGCGAGAAAGUGACUCGUCGUUGCCUUUGCACACCAUGCCCCAUGGCUCAGUGCCCAAGAGCCAUCCGCGUCCUGCCAAGAGCACCGAUGCCCCGGGCACCGAGCCGGAGCUGCGUCGGCCCUCGGUGAGGUUGGAGGGUGGAGGAGACGGGCGACCCUCGAGUCGGUCCCCGAGUCCGACCAAGUGA